CAACACGGAUACGCAUGGAGCCUCCAUCACCCCCUGUCUCUUUUACGCACCGAGUCCGAUAAUGCGCGCAGGUACAGGGACCCUAAUCGCCACAUUUCCAGCCGCUACACUGAACAAUUAAUCUCCUCUUAUGGACUAAUAUGAAAGAAGUGGAUGCAGAGGUCUGAGACAGCCAAGAAAGGAGGCAUAUUUCGUGUGGAUCAUUCUUGUUUUCCAUCACCGAGCGUCAGCAUGGAUGUCUUAGCGAACCACAGUAUCUUUCAGGAACUUCAGCUCGUUCACGACACCGGCUACUUCUCUGCCAUGCCGUCGCUGGAGGAAAACUGGCAGCAGACCUGCCUAGAAUUGGAGCGUUAUCUGCAGACGGAGCCCAAGCGUCUGUCAGAGCUCUUCGACCAAGACCUGGAUGGCCUUCUAACCCCAGCCUACCUAAAGGAGGACGGCGAGGAAGAGCUGACAGACGUCCUGCUCCCUAGCCUGCCCAGCCUCCCUGAUCCCCCGAGCCCACCUCCAGUUAUCGUCUGCCCAACACGGAAGAGUUUCCCCUCCACCGGUGGAAUGAAACGAGACCUCAAACCUAAGGGGCUGGAAAACGUAGAAGGGAUGGAAGGGGUCCACCAGGCCCAGCUGUGCGCCGUCACCUCCCUGACGCCCCCGUCGUCGCCAGAACUGGGCCGGCACCUCGUCAAACCCAACCAGACACUGACGGCCUCAGCUGACGGGACGCUUACCCUGAAGCUGGUGGCCAGGAAGGUGGGGCUCAGUGCGGCUCGGCUGGUGGCGGCGCACGCACUCCCUGUCCGGAUGAAGGACGAAGAGGAGGGCGCGGCAUGUGUCAUCGGCGUGGGGGAGCUACCGGAGAACAAGAAGAGGAUCCACCGUUGUCAAUUCAACGGCUGCAGGAAGGUGUACACCAAGAGCUCCCACCUAAAGGCCCAUCAGAGGACACAUACAGGUGAGAAGCCGUACAAGUGCUCGUGGGAGGGCUGCGAGUGGCGAUUCGCCCGGAGCGACGAGCUGACGAGGCACUACCGCAAACACACCGGUGCCAAGCCUUUUAAGUGCAACCACUGUGACAGGUGUUUCUCGCGGUCGGAUCACUUGGCGCUACACAUGAAGAGGCACAUCUGAGGAAAUUUGAGAGAGGUCAGCGGGAGUGGAAGAGAGGCGAAGGGGAUGGAGGCGGAGUGGAAGGAGGAGAGGGAGCAUCAUCUGCAGCAAAAUAACACCAUGGUUGUUAGAGAGAGAGAGACAGCGGGAUGGACUCCGAAAAACACCAGAUUUGGCCAUUCUCUACUGCAGGGUGAGGCAUCGCACAGGGACGCUGACUACAGACAGAAACACAGACAGGCAGACAGACGGAUCCUGCGUGGCUCUGUCAAUCUGUGCUCAACCAGUUGGUCCAUGAUUCCACAGUGACACGUCGUCAACUCGCAAAUGUCUCCCGAUGUUGUCGCAUGGACGAUACAGACGCUCCAUCCCACCCUUCGUAUGUGUCUCAGAGGGGAUGUCACACGAUGAAUGGUGGACCACGUGCCUGUAGUUGGCAGCUCUUUGUUGUAGUCGUCCUUGCAAUCGUCCCUCGGUGAAACGCUUCCAAAAUGUCAGCCCUGUUCAUGCAGCAGUGCGCCACGUACCAGCGAGCUCACCAACCCCAAACUGGACCAGUUGUACAGUAACGUCAGUGCGCUAACAGCAGAACUGCUGUUUUGUAUAUUCAAGACUUCCUCUUCUUAGAAUGAACCUUGAGUUGAGGAGAACAGUUAUUUUCCAGCAGUAGCCAAACAGUGUCAUCUUCACAGGGUAAGCAAUCAAGAAAGCUUGCUUUCUCUCCUUCAAACCUGCCACAGCCUUUACAAAAUCGCCAAAGGGUUUAUUAUCUUAUAUAUAGGACAGAUAAUAAUUUGUCAGUUUUUCAUCUGACCUCUGUCACAUCUGGCAACUGGAUCCAUUUAUAAAUCCUUCCGGUUCGACGGAGUCGGAGCACUUGUUUGAACGGAGCGUUAGAUUGGAUUUCUCAAAGACUUGAGGAUGGGAGUGUGUUGCACUGAUGUGCUGUGAAGACUGAUUGAGGUCAUCCAGAGGACUGGCUCGCUUUAUGAACAUCAUCCGUUGACGGUUACUUCUGGAUGAGGCUAACUAAUCUACUCUGGGAAAGACUGUUCAUCUCCUAGAACGUCGACUGAAAGUGAGCGUCUCGAGAGAUGCUCGAUGGCUCUUGAGAGUGUUUGUUUUUCCUCACCAGGAUCUUGGCUCUUAUGAGUUGUUGUCAGGAACUGUUGCACAAUUGACUCUUUGCAAACGUUUUGUAAAAAAAAAAUGCCCCAAUGUCUUGAACUGGGAGACAAUUCGGGACUCGCCAAACGCUGGCUUCCACAUGCCGUCGAAGUGCGGACAGCCACAUGCACAAGUCGAAGCAGCUAGCUGUCUGCAUUAGCACACCGAAAGCAAACAAAAAUCACUAUGUAUGAUAAUGGCUAUAUUGUUUCGUAGAAAAGAAUCUCCUAUUUGUUCUAAACAGACAAUUGAAAAGACCAUUUUGAAGAACACCGUGGAAAUGGAUGCAGCCCAAAAAAAAAAGUGUCUACUGUAGAUGCCUGAAAUGAUCUCUUUGGCCUUUGAGAGUGAUAGGCACCUAACUAGCCACAUGAGGGUUUUUUGUCAUGUUCACACCACCCAUACAGAACUCCUCUAUAUCAGCAGACUUCAUUUCAGAGAAAAGCAGCGUUCAACAGCUCUCCUAAUCAGGCCCUAUGCAUAUCCAAGAACAUUCCUGCUGACUUCCUGGCCAUGUAUGUAUGUCUGAAUUCAGACUGCUGGACACGGGAGAACUUGUAGGAAGACAACACUUCAAUCAAUUGGGUGGCUCUUCUUAGAGCAAAUCAAUAUGAAUGUAUCUGUUGUAAGUCUGUACAUGUUGCUAGGCCCAUGAAAACACUUGGUUGGUAAGAUCAUACCAGACAGCAUUUGUGUUUAUACGGUAGUUUCUCUUUUUUCGCAUUAGAAAUUAAUGGUUGGACUUGGAAUAACUGGCUAGCCACGGCUGGUAGCUUUUAACAUGUUACUGGUCGUACUGGACCAGCAGUGGGUCACAAGUGCAGAUUUUCAGUGGGUGGCUGGAAUGGGUUAGGGGAGGAACAGAUCUGCUCAGUCAGCUCAUGAAACUGCAGUGGAGUGAAACCCACACACACAAACACACACACACACACACAAACACACAAAAUACAUACACUCAGUCCGAGAAAACUGGAAUUACCAUUUGUCCUUGGUGAUCUGACUCUUGUCUGACAGAACAAAGACGCAUAAAAUCUAUCUUUUUGGGGGGGUUUAAGCCACAGAUAAAAAUGGAUUUUAGAUGAUCAUUGACUCAACUCAAGCGCGCAACAAAUCAAACGGGCAGCUUGGACAAAAGUAGAUUGUCAGGAUUCUUGUCUAUGUCAAGGUGUUUAUUCUUUAUUUUACAAGACUUCUAAUACUUUGAGGCAGCGUGAGGUAAACAGCAGUCUGCUUUUUGGCAAAGGGAGGCAGCACAUUGAUUUCACUCCCUAUAUCAGAGGCGCAUUUCAAUUUUGGGUGCGAACACAGCCCAGCUCAAUCAUAUCUAGACAAGACCUGUCUGCGGCUCUCGAAGUAGAUGCUCCUGCUUUCACAUAAAUAUUGAACCAACCGUGCAAACAAGCCAGGCUCAAUUUUAUAUUUAACAUCUAGGUGACAGCCUUCAUUUGCAAAGAGAGAAGGGAGUGACCGCAAUAGAAACCGACUGAUACAAGUUUUAACUGCUGGUUUAUUUUAAAAGGAGACCAAGUAUAGUCACUGGUCAUCCUGGUUGCAGCUACAUCAUCAAUGCUACCAUUCUUUGUGAUUGCUGGCAAAAAAAAGUCAUAGAUCCUGAUUGAAAAGUUUAGAUUUGGUUUGUAGAUGAUGUAAAAAUAUCCAGUUGAGAUGGGAAUGUCCGAGUAGGUUAGCAGGCUUGUGGUUUUCCUGCUUAGCCGGAAGCUAAAAUGAAGAAUAGCAGUUUAACCAACGGGUUAAAAUUGUAUCAUCAAUGGCAGCUCUACUUGUGUGUUUCAGUAUUUCAGCAGGGCACUCUCCUGUUGAACUGAAUGGUUGCGAAUGUGUGGGAAUGUGCAGCUCUGGAGCGUUUAUGUUUAUGACAGCUGAGGAUUUUGGACUGAAACACUUGAAUGUGUUGUUCUUCAUGUUUGUGGGACUUUAAGGAGCCAAGACACGGAAAUAUUCAAAUUACGGGACAAUUUCCAAAAUUCUGAAGCUCAAAGACUGGGAUUUCAAAUGUGAAUGUGUUUUCUGGAAAGGUUGUUUCAUGUUGUCUCGGAGGAUGCGGUUCAGUUCUGUGUCAUCUUAAUGAAUGAUUGUCAAUUCUGCUGUGCCUGUGUGUUCUUCGUCUGUUUGUAUUUGCACUCUGAAGUUUUUUUUUGGGAAAAAAAAAAAAAUCACUUGCUUAUCUGAUGUUUUCUGUCUUGCUUGUACACUACACUUUCACACGACAACCCUGGGUGAUGAAACACUGAUCGCAAAGUCUGUAUAGUAGCUGUUUUUUUUAGCACAAAUGUACACACUCAUGCAUACAUGCUACAACUCGAUUCGCACACAAACUACAUGCAUGCACUCCCUGAACACACAGGUUCAUACAAAAACAUACACACAUACAUGCACAAGCACAUCCCGAAUCACACACAAACACCUGAACGUACUCCCGAAUACAC